AUGAAGAUCCUCACAAAAGAAGAAGAGGAAGCCCAUUACAAUACCACCGUCAAAGGCGGCAUCAUGGGCGGCAUCGUCGGAUUAACACUUGGCGGAGCAGCAGUCUACGGAGCACACCUACGAUUCCCCACUUUCCGCCACCUCACCCUCCCCAUGAAGACCUUCCUCGUCACCUCCUCGGGCACAUUCGUAGCAAUCAUACAAGCCGAUCGCGCGUCCCGCAAAUUCGAAUUCGACCGCGAUCCGCAGCGCCAGUACCGGGACCGCGCAACCUCUGACCUCGAAGCCAUGAAAGCGAACGAGUCCGCCUUCCAGCGUUUCAAGGACUGGGGCCGGGAGAACAGAUACCCGAUCGUGACAGCUUCAUGGGUUGCGUCGAUGGGAAUCGCGCUGGGACUUGUGGGACGGAAUCCGUAUUUGAGUAGAGCGCAGAAGUUGGUGCAGGCAAGAGUGUAUGCUCAGGGAUUGACGUUGGCGGUUUUGAUUGCUACGGCGGCGUUUGAGGUGGGGGAUGCGAGUAAGGGGAAGGGGAGGUGGGAGACGGUUAAGAUUAUUGAUCCGAAUGAUCCGGAGCAUAAGCAUUUGAUUGAGAAGAGGAUCCAUCAUGAGGCUUAUGAGGGAGAGGACUUGUGGAGAGAUAUGGUAGCAGCAGAAGAGCGCAAGAUGGCAGCGAGAAAGACAGCUGGUCAAAAAGAAGAGCCGUCCUCGAACAAGCAACCUAAGCAUAAGGACGCCAAAGAUAAGAUAGUCCACGAGAGCAAAUCUGCCGGAAAAGUCGAUUAUAAGGAAGCAGAGGAGACAGAGAAGAAGAAUCAAGAAGUGCAAGCAAAGAGGCAGAAGGAUGCGAGGGAAAGUGCGGCGCCCCCGCUUGAUGAUGUUCAGGUUAAGGGACGAGGAAAAGUGUAAGCUUCUGGAGUUUGGGAUAGAUGGAUGAAAAGGGAGCUUGGGGUAAUGACUUUAGAGGGGGAAGAGAAGAAGGGAAGAAUUGUACAUAUAUAAGGCGGCAUCAUUGCAUUCGGCAGGCGUACUUUUCAAUCAAUGUUCAAGACAAGACAUUUUCGCUCAAACACAUUGUACAUAAAGUCUCAGCAUAGGAGGCUAUAAUACAAAAAAGACUGUACUAAAGUCGCUAUCUGGAUAUAUAUACACAUUUUGUCAUCAUAU